CGGCGCGACCGUUGGCUCCGGCGGCGACCACGUCGAAGCCAAAACCUCGCUUCUGUAACAGCUGCUCGUCGUCCCCUUUGGACCGAGUGGUCUUCGUCAUCGCCUUGUUGGCUCUCCUCUCUUCACCCUCCUUCUGUGCAUUCCAGCCUCAACGUCGUCCCUCUCGCUAUCGAACACCACCCCCCAACAGGCGAGAAUCCGGCCCCCUCGCUGGGUUUUGGAUGGACCCCGGGACGACUUCUUCAUCGACCUCAACGACCUCGUCGACCUCGCCGUCGCCGCACGCAUGGAGUAGCUUCGAGGAGCGAGGUGAUUCGGUGGUGGAAAAAGUCGGGCUACCUACCAAGAAAUUCGCCAUGGCAUCGCAGUCGCCAUUGCUGGCCCGGAGAAGGGCACGGAGGCGCCACAUCGACUUCGACCCAACCGCACAACCGCAAUCAACGUCGACACUUUGCACGACGUCGCCGUCGUCCCUCUGGGCCAUGCUCACCACCCUAUGCCUCGUUUUGCUGGCCGCUUCGAGCCUGCCGGCGGCAGAGGCCGCUCUCGUUUCGUUCGACAACUGCCUCUCGCCCGCCGUGCUUAGCUCCAAAGACCUGCAGUUCCAGCCUCUGUUCCUCGACGCACGAUACGAUGACAGCAACGGCACCUACACGUUCAACGUGACCGUCUACGGAAACGUCACCGGCACCACGGAUCCUUCGCUCCCUUAUCCAAGUCCAAACAAUUGGAACGCCUCCGAUCCACACUUCAACAUCAUCGAUGCUCCAGACAACUACACCACGCUGUUCGCAACCGUCGACGUCCUUUCGUACACGGCAUGGCACCCUUCGCCCAUGCGAUUUUGCAACCAGACCAUCGAUGGCGGCUGUCCCUGGCAGCCCCUCUUUGACGUCAGUCCCUACAGUCUGGACCGGCUGCACGCUUUCUCCCUCUCACAUGACUUUGACAGCGCCUAUUCCUUCGCCUCGUUCGCGACAUUGUUGAGGGUACAAUCCGGUGCUGCUGCGAACAACAAUGACUACUUGGCCUGCGUUCAGGCAGGCAUCGCGCCAUCGUUGGGGAGCUCGCUGUCAAGUGCUCUGCGAUGCGUACCUCUGGCCAUCCUGAUCCUGGUGGGACUUGCCACCAUCCUCGCCGCUCGAUUCAGCCCUUGGAGCUCGCCCGACGCAUUCCACUGGACCAGCAACUACGGCCGCGACGACGAUAUCCUGCGCCUGGUCACCCCCGGCUUCGGCGACUGCUUGCAGUACAUCCAGUUCGUCGUGCUUGCGGGCAGUUUGAGUCUGGCCUAUCCAGGCUUCUACCAGCCGGUUGUCAGCCGCGCAAGUUGGUCUGUUCUCAUGUUCAACGAGAGCUUCAUCAGCAAGGGCGAGGGCUAUCAGAGCUUGCGGGACGGCGUCUACGCGACCAAUGGCACCUACGGUCUGACGAGAUUGAGCCAGUUGGCAGGCAUGACAAAGGAUGAAGACGUGUGGGCGGGCAUGGCCGUGUGGCUUUGCAUCAUCAUCGCUUCCGUGGUCAUUCUCUGCCAGCUCGCCUUCGCAGCUCGAACCCUCUUCCGGCUUAUUUCAGACAUACCAGAGGAGGAUCUGCGCAGCAAGAACUUGCCAUUCACCUCUGGCAACGUGGUCCGCAUCUUGUUCAACUACUUUCUCCUCCCCAUCAUCUCGCUGUCGAUGUUCCAACUAGUCGUCGCCGACCGGUCCCCGCCCUACGUGGUCGCAUUGGCCGUCGUCCUGAUAGUCGCCAUCAUCCUCUUCGCCGCCUGGAUCUUCCGCCUGAUCUUCACCACGAAGCCGCGAGUACACCUUUUCGACCAUUUACCUCUGCUUCUGGCAUACGGUCCGCUUUACAACACGUACUCGGACGAGGCUGCGCCGUACGCCUUCAUUCCAUUCCUGCUCACCUUCGUGCGCGGUAUCGCCAUGGGAGCCGUUCAGCCUUCGGGCAUUGCCCAGCUCGUCAUCCUCGCUAUCUGUGAGGUCAUCUUGAUCCUUACUUUGCACGCCUUCCGGCCCUUCCAGUCGCUCACCUCCAUGAACGCGUAUCACACAUUCUUCUCCGUCGUCAGGCUCGUCACCACUCUGCUUAUGGUGGCCUUCGCACCUUCUUUAGGUGUCUCGGAGUCUACUAAAGGCUGGGUGGGCUACGCUGUGCUGCUCCUGCACGCAGCUGUUCUCGUGUUUGGCUUCUUCCUCAAUGCAAUCCAGACCUUGGUCGAGGUCUUCGCUCGACUCGCCGGUGCUGGAAGGGAGGCCAGGGGAGGUCUCACCACCGUUUUCGGCAUGCGACAGCUGUCCAAGCGUGUCAAACGUCCCGGUCCACGCGGAAGCAUGGGCUCUCAGGUGACCCAGUUGACAGAGACCAAGUCUUCCAUGAACCGCAUGAGCCGAGCAAUGUCGGCCAGUUCGACAAUGAUACUGAACGACGGCACUCCAAACAACCGCGCCAGCGUCGGGUUUGAGAACUUCAGCCAGGCCGGCGAGUCUGUCACAGGCAACAGUCCCGGAACGAGCACGCCAGCUGGCGGACAUAGUCCAUUCUCUUUCUUGCCUGCUGGCGCCGCCGGUGCUGCGCAGGGCAGGAAGGCGAGUAAGGUGCUCGAACCGUCUGACCCCUAUUUCAGACCACCGAGAGCUCGAAGACCGACAAAUGAGCUUCUUGCCGAAGAUGUGUCCGCUGGCGGGGAAGGCCGCCCUCGGCGGUCUUCGCAACCGCUACAGCAUGCCAUGUACUCUGAUCUGUCAGAAGCUCCUUCAGUGCUCGGAUCGGAGCGGGGAUCCGUCGGUGCUGCAUACUUCCGUGCACACCACAGCGAUCCUGGCGAUCUUGGCGAUUCUCGACUGCGAAACACCGACUACUCUACCAGAGAGUCGGAUUUCUACUAUGGAGUCAGAGGCCAAGCGCUCUCCAGUGGGCCUACCAGGCGACUGAAGACUGGGCCAGCAGAUCCGAUGGGACCGGUUGCAUCCGCAACCGGAUGGUUCAGGAGCAUAUUCGGCAACAAAACCAAGGACAAGAAGAAAGGGUUUGAGGUUGUUAGGAGCACACCUCUCCACCUGCUGCAAGAGCAAGAUGAGGAUCCACCUGUUACCGAUGCCCAGGUGCCAUAUUCAGACAAGCCUGAAGAUGUUGAACAAGAGAAGCGAGAGAGUGUCAUAGCCGACUUGCCAGAAAGUUCGUCCCAUGCUAUUGACGAAGAAGAGAGUCGCCACGAUGUCGUCCGCCCCAGGCCAUCGCAGGACACGUAUGUGCCGCAAAGCGAGUCCGAACUUCUUUCUCCGAUGCGACACGCGUCGACGAGAGAGGGUCCGCCGAGGUUGGCGCCUAUAUCAGGGGUUGGAAGCAUACAUCUCCCGUCCCGCUCAGCUUCACAAGUCACCACGGACAGUCAAAGACCACCAAUUCCAGCAGUUCCGCGACGAAGCUCAAAGCGGAAUUCGAGGGGAGAGACCACAUUUCCAAAGAUGCAAGAGCUAGCUCGGAUGGCAUCGUUUCGAGGACCUGGAAACACCGAUCCCGAGGCACGCGUUCCGUUCACCUCACUGAGCGCCGAUCCUGUGGAAGCGGAUAACAAGGAGCGCUCCAGACGCACGAGUGCGGCGUCCAGCUUAUAUCCCGCUUCAGAGAACGACGAACAAGACAUGCAUGAUCAAGAGCGCGCUAGAUCAGGCACGCCGCGUACUGGACAGGUGGGCAGGUUCCAGAACAACGAAUUUGUUUACUCCCAUCCGUACGACGGCCACUUUGGCACGCAGCCCGGCCCCAGCUAUGUCCCCGCCGGUCCGCCAAACGACGAGCGGCGGCCUAUGAGCACGGGGCGUGUCGUUCGCCAUUUCGCAAUGGAAGGCGUGUACAGUGGCGAGUUGCCGCACGGUAGCGAGGCCGAGCUGGUCGAGGAGGAAGAAAGGAAAAACAGCAUGAGGAGGUAAUAAGAAAAAUGCGUGGAAACAUGCGCUUACGGUCCGGAUCAGUUCAAUUCUUGUAGAUGAGUACACAUUUGUGUCUUGUGUUCAUUUCUUUUUUUUUUCAUAUUCAGCAGCAUGCACCAUUUAUGACGACAAGGGCCUUUGACGAAUCUCUUUUUUAUUUCUUCGGAGGGGGCACACUGAUCUAGGAAAGCUGCCGGGAAAGUUUCUCCUUUAUAUACACACAUCUAUAUGCAUGGUGCGGAGUUUUUUUUUAAGGUUUACUGAAAAAAGCGAGCCCCUUUUAUGCCGCAUGUACCUUGAUAUAUAACCUGGGAUCGAGACAACAUUAUAUAGUCACCGUAAUACUACAAUCAAAUCUUUCUGUCA